AUGUCGAACGAAGAGAUCAUUACCCUUACCUACCAGGAUCGUGUAGCGAUCGUGACACUGAACCGGCCUGACAAGCUAAAUGCGCUCAAUGUCGACCUAUACUACCUUCUGGGUGAGCGUUUACGCGAGAUUGACUCAAGAGAAGAUAUCUUCGUUACAGUUGUGAUCGGAACAGGUCGCUUUUUCUCUGCUGGAGCUGACGUAACAACCGCACGUUCUGGCGGCGGUGAUCUUGGCUCAAGCGCGCGUCGCGAGCUAAUCAGGGGCUUUGUCACGAACAACCUCGACGUCACCCGCACCUUCUACAACCACUCCAAGAUCCUCAUCGCCGCCCUGAACGGGCCAGCUGUUGGACUUUCAGCUGCACUGAUUGCCCAUGCCGACUUCAUCUACGCUACCCCGCAUACAUUCAUCCUGACCCCGUUCUCCUCGCUCGGUCUCGUCGCUGAAGGCGGCGCUAGCCGUGCCUUUGUCGAGCGCCUCGGCAUCUCCAAGGCGAAUGAGGCGCUCCUCAUGAGUAAGCGGAUUACCUGUGAGGAGCUAGUUUCGACUGGUUUCGUGAACAAGGUUAUCACGCCGGAGUCUGGAAAGAAAGAUGACUCCGAUGGAUUCUUGAAGAAGGUGCUUGAGGAAAUUGAUGAUCGCCUUGGUCUGCACUUGAACCAAACUAGUCUAUUGGGGAUUAAAGAGCUGGUGAGACGGCCCGAGAGGGAGAUUCUGGACCGCCAGAAUGAGCUUGAGGCGUAUAUGGGUCUUGAGCGCUUUAUGAAGGGAAUCCCGCAAGAAGAGUUCCGGAAGCUGGCGUCUGGUGAGAAGAGACAUAAACUUUAG